AUGAGACUCCGCCUAACCCCCCUCGCACAAUCUACGCGCGCCUGGAGCAGCGCGCGCGACAUCCUCCCCCGGCACCGCUUCCUCUCCACAACGCCAUGCUACUCCAGCCGUCUGCGCGCGCGUCUAGACAUCCCUCCACCCUUCCCCGUGACCAAGACCUGUCCCGAACCUACCUGCGACUGUCCCGCCACACCCUCCAUGCCCGAGGGGCUCCCGGUCGACCAUGACCACCCUUUGAACGGCACGAUGGCUGCCUAUGCGCAGCAGCUGUUGGUUUGUACGGGACAGCGAGACUGGUCGAGCCGCAUUGAGAACGACGGUCGGCAUACCAGCUGGGGCGAUCUGGUGCGCGGAUUGAAGCGGCUGCUCGGUCGCGGGGGUCCGUAUCUCGACCCCUUCAAUAAUGUCCUGGUUUCCACCUCCUGUAUUGCGCCCGCCGCUGCGACUUCUUCUACCUCUACGGCGUCUGCCUUCCUCUUCCCCGCGUUCAAAUACAUCCCCUCGAUCCCCGUGCAUACCACACCCGAUCAAUCUCCAGACCUGACGACCUUUGUGCGCGCCUUCCUUCUCCCCUCCCACCUCCACGACAUGCACUCCUCUCUCCCCUCGACCAAGCGCGCCGAAAUGACCCGCUCCCCCGAGUUGGCCUCCCAGUUUCCGGGCAUCGUGGACAUCAGUUACUCGCCCACCAUCCUCGUCUGCGGCCACGGAGGCCGCGACAUGCGCUGCGGCGUGAUGGGGCCUGUUCUAGAGAUGGAGUUCCAGCGCGUGCUGCAAGCGCGAGGGUUUACAUCGGCUGAUAAUACUGGGACAAUUGUGGACGAUCCGCACCAUGCGCAUCUGGGACUGAUUAGCCAUGUGGGCGGGCACAAGUAUGCGGGCAAUGUCAUUGUCUAUAUUCCGCCGAAGAUGAGGAUGGGCGAGGAGCUGCACCCGCUGGCCGGGAAGGGGAUCUGGUAUGGCCGGGUUGAGCCUAAGCAUGUUCAGGGCGUGGUGGAUGAGACGGUGCUCGGGGGUAGGGUGAUCGCGGACCACUUCCGGGGUGGGAUUGGAAUGAAUGGGGAUAUUCUGCGCCUUUCACGCAUCCGAUUGUCCUCCCUGGUCCCCAGCCGGCGGUGUGCGAUACACCCGGUGUCCCUCCGGCGGGCCUUCCCUAACGUCCCUCACACCGCGAUCCGCCUCGCGACGACCUACCCAAAACUCGACUUGCCGGCGCUGGACAAGAAAUGGCAAACCAGAUGGGAAGAGGAGAAGCAGCAGAAAUGGGCAGCGCAGGAGAACAACCCGUCGUCCCCCAAACCGCAGUCCUACAUCCUCUCCAUGUUCCCUUAUCCCUCCGGCACGCUGCACAUGGGCCACCUCCGCGUCUACACCAUCUCGGAUGUCAUAUCCCGGUUCUACAAGAUGCGAGGACACGAGGUCCUCCACCCCAUGGGCUGGGAUGCCUUUGGACUGCCAGCGGAAAACGCGGCCAUCGAGCGAGGCGUUGAUCCGGCAGACUGGACGGAGCAGAAUAUUGCGAAGAUGAAGGCGCAGCUGCGGAGUAUUUCUGCUUCGUUUGAUUGGGACCGGGAAUUGGCAACCUGCGCACCGGAAUUCUACGAACACACCCAACGGAUCUUCCUCAUGCUGUACGAAAAGGGACUGGCGUACCAGGCGGAGGCAUUGGUCAACUAUGAUCCCGUGGACAAGACGGUGUUGGCGAAUGAGCAGGUGGAUGCGAAUGGGUUCUCGUGGCGGUCUGGUGCGAAGGUCGAGAAGUUGAACUUGAAGCAGUGGUUCUUUCGCAUUACCGACUUCAAGGAGAUGCUCUUGAGGGACCUUGAUUCCUUGACUGGUGGAUGGCCAGAACAUGUGUUGUCGAUGCAGCGGAAUUGGCUGGGCAAGUCGGAUGGUGCCAAAGUUUGGUUCCCUGUUCUUGCAGGGGACGAGGAAGUCGAUGUGGGUGUGUUCACCACGCGGCCGGACACUUUGUAUGGAGUUGAAUAUCUGGCUCUGUCGUUGACUCACCCCAUUGUUUUGAAGGCUGCCGAGAAGGAUGGUGAGCUGCGCAAAUUUCUGGAAGAGGCGUCAUCGCUCCCACCGGACUCGAAGGCUGGCUACCGCUUGAUCGAUAUUGAGGCCUCGCAUCCAUUGCAAAAGAUCGACACCGACAGCCCUCAUUUGGCGCGCCGGCUUCCCGUCUUCGUGGCCCCCUACGUUCUCGGCGACUACGGAGAAGGCGCUGUGAUGGGUGUCCCGGGUCACGACACGCGAGACAUGAUGUUCUUCAAAGAGAAUAUGAACCCAGAGUCGAUCUCUGUUGUCAUCGAGUCGGAGCCAUCGGAAUCGAAAGACACGACUGUGCCCGCCCAAGAUGCGAAAGCCUUUACUCAUGAGGGAUUCCUGACGUCUCGCUGUGGGAAAUAUCACGGCAUGCACUCGAAAGAAGCCGCGGAGCAGAUCGUUGCUGAUCUCAAGCAAGUCGGACAAGCUGAUUUCGUUGAAAGCUGGCGGCUACGGGACUGGUUGAUCAGUCGUCAGCGAUACUGGGGUACCCCUAUUCCCAUCAUUCACUGUGGUGACUGUGGUGCCGUGCCGGUGCCAGCGGAAGACCUUCCAGUGAAGCUCCCGAAAAUUCAAGGAGAUUGGCUAAAGGGCAAGAAAGGCAACCCGCUUGAGUCAUCCGAAGAGUGGCUUCAUACUAACUGUCCAAGCUGCGGAGGGCCCGCGCGGCGUGAUACAGAUACCAUGGAUACCUUUGUGGACUCAUCUUGGUAUUACCUGCGCUUCUUGGAUGCUGCCAACAAGGAGGCCCCCUUCUCACCCUCUGUGGCGGGCCCGGUGGAUGUCUAUAUUGGAGGCGUUGAACAUGCCAUCCUGCACCUGCUCUACGCCCGAUUCAUUUACAAGUUUCUUUCCCAGUCUGAGCUUUUCCCGACAUCCAGCGAAACAGUAGCAGAGCCGUUCAAGAUGCUGCUCUCCCAAGGAAUGGUUCACGGCAAAACCUUCUCAGAGCCCUCGACCGGCCGAUUCCUGCUUCCGUCUGAAGUGGACCUUACCAACCCGGACAAGCCUUUGAUCAGCGGCACUCAAGUGGCACCCAACAUCUCAUUUGAGAAGAUGUCAAAGAGCAAGCACAACGGAGUGGAUCCCACCGCGUGCGCGUUGAAAUACGGCGCCGAUGCAACUCGCGCGCAGAUCCUGUUUUCGGCUCCGGUCAGUGAAGUCCUCGAGUGGGAUGAGACGAAGAUUGUUGGUGUCGAGCGCUGGUUCGGUCGACUUUCGAAACUGGUGUACGAUGCGGGUGACAUGGUGAGGAAAUCGGGGUUAUCUCUAGAACACAUCGGGUCCACUGCGCAUGCAGACCUUCUCCCACCGUCCCUACAGGAUCUGAACGACGCAGAUGCCGACGCCAUCUUGGCCACUCACAACACCAUCUCAUCCGUGACAGCCUGUAUCGAAAAGAAUCCUUACGGGCUCAACACGGUCAUUUCGGACUUGACCAAGCUAACAAACGCUCUCAUCUCCUCGCCUCCUUCUUCGCCCGCUAUCUUCUACCUAUCCGUCUCAUCCCUCCUACACCUCCUAGCCCCAAUCGCACCCGCUCUCACCUCCGAAUGCUGGGAAGUCCUGAACCUGAAGGAGACUGAGACUAACCCAGUGCCAUCAAUCCACUCAUCCACCUGGCCCACUCCCCUCCUCACCUCUGAACAAGUGGACAGUCUCUCCUCUCGCGGCGGCCAGACCGUCGCCGUCCAGAUAAACGGCAAGCUGCGUUGCGCGGUGACCAUUCCACGAAUGCAAUCCCCAACACCUUCUCCCAAGACAAAGGGCAAAACCGCCCCGCCCUCGCAGGAGCAACAGGACUGGAUUGUGAAGCAGGUCCUCGAAACCGAGGAUGGACAGUUAUGGCUUCGCGAGAAGAAUGAUUGGGAGAAGCGCCGACGGGUGAUUGUUGUCCAGGGGGGCAAGUUGGUUAACGUGGUGUUCUAA